ACACGUUUACAGUUUAGACCGGUUUGUCUUUCGUUGACGAUAGUGAUUAUAGUAGUGUCGUAAAAUGUUAUUAAAAUUUCUUGCGUUUUACGCCUUAGCCCAGGGCUUAAACGGAUUUAAUACGUUUUUGCCCACUACAACGGUUCCAAACUCAUAUUCUCUAUGUGUAGCGCCAAAUUUUCAAAAUAAAGAUGCCUCGUUCGCCGGUUUAGUAAAAAUAUUUAUUACAACGAUAAAUAUCACUUCUGAAGUGGUUUUGCAUGCAAAAGAUUUAAAAAUCACAUCAAUUAAGUUUACCGAAGUGAUCACCGAACGUGAGAUUACCCUGAAAGAAUGGACGUGCGAUGAAGACAACGAACAAGUAAUGAUUAUGUUGGAAGAUAUGUUACCACCUAAUCAGGAAUACAUGAUAGCUAUCAGAUUUAAUGGUUUACUCAGAAACGAUAUGACCGGAUUUUACAAAAGUUCGUAUAACCAAUCGAAAACCAGUACGGAAAAAUUCCUAGCCGUUACUCAGUUUGCGGCAACAUAUGCGCGAAGUGCGUUCCCUUGUUACGAUGAACCGCACUAUAAAGUGACCUUCAAUAUUAUAGUUGGUGUUUCUGACAAACAAAUUGCAUUGUCCAAUAUGCCAAUAUUAUAUAAAGAUGAUAUAGAUGUUUGUGGAUUGACAAACAAUUGGACAGUUUUGUCAUGGUUCCAUUUUCAGCAGACACCUCCAAUUUCCACAUACUUAGUAGCGUUCUUUGUCGGAGAAUUCGUUAGCUUGGAAUCGAGUUCCAAAAUUAAUGUGUUCACUCGCCCAGAAUACUUACAACACACUGAAUAUGCUCUAGAUAUUGCUCCUAAACUUCUUGAAGCGAUGGAACUAUUUACUGGAAUUGAGUACGAAUUACCAAAAUUGGAUCUGAUAGCCUUACCCGACCUGGGAUUCGGAGCUAUGGAAAACUUGGGAAUUAACACUUUUAGAGAAAGAUUACUUUUAUUUCCCGAAGAUUCGACAAUCCUGUAUAAAGGAGCCGUUACUAAAACAAUACAGCAUGAGUUGUCGCAUCAAUGGUUUGGUAAUCUGGUCACAUGCGACUGGUGGGAUUACGUUUGGUUAAACGAAGGUUUUGCAACGUUUUUUGAAUACUUCGCUACAGCAACAGUAGAGCCUGAUUGGCAACUGCCAGAAUUUUUUGUCGUUGAACAACAUCAAACUGCUUUAGAGUACGAUCAGAUAGCAAGGCAUCCAUUAUCGAACAAAGUGUCCACUCCUAAAGAAAUUAAUAGUAAUUUUGAUCGUAUAACGUACAAUAAAGGAGCCUCGGUGUUAAGAAUGUUGUACAACUAUGUUGGAAAAGAUGUUUUUAAAGAUUCAUUGAAUUUGUAUUUGAACCGACGUAUGAAAGGAUCAGCGAACCCAAAUGAUCUUUGGGAUGCAUUUGAAGAAAUAUUGUCUAAACGUGAACAGACAUUAGUUAAAGACCAAACUGUUAAUACAGUGAUGAGCACGUGGACCGAACAAUCUGGUUAUCCGGUCGUGAAUGCCUUGAAAUAUAAGAACGGUCCAUUUGGAUACCUGUAUCGUAUGACACAGGAACGGUUUACAUUCGACGAGCCCCUUGUAAAACAUUCUACUAAAUGGUUUAUUGGUUUUACAAUAACAAUUGAUUUGAAACCAAAUUUCGAAAAGUUGACUCCUCUUAUGUGGCUGGAUCCCACACAUGACCUUCAUUUUCUUAAUCUUACCGUGGAAUCUGACAAAUGGUACAUUAUCAAUCUGCAGUCUACCGGAUUUUUUAGAGUGAACUACGAAGAGAAAAAUUGGUUGGCGUUAAUAGAACAACUAAAAAAUGCACCAGAUGUUAUACACGUGUUGAACAGAGCUCAAUUGGUUGAUGACUCUUUUAAUUUAGCGAGAGCGGGAAGAUUAAACUACACAGUACCUUUAGAACUUACAAAUUAUCUGGAUAAGGAAAAUGAUGUCAUACCUUGGUAUUCAGUGAUGAACAGUUUUAAUUAUAUUUUGGAUCGAAUGAGACGCAGUCCUUUAUACUUUGAAUUUGAAAAUUACGUUAGCGAUAAGGCAUUUAUCAUCUUCACCAAAUUAAAACGCCAAGUAAAAGAGGAAAAAAAUAAAAAUUAUGCCAUCAAUGCCGGUUGGAAUAUAUUCAGUGUUUGGGCUUGUAAAUUAAAUGUACCGACUUGCGUGUUACCGGCAAUCAGGUACUUCAAUGCAUGGCUGAAAGGUGAAAAGAUACCGGAUGAUCAAAAAUACGUAGCAUUUUGUGUAGGUUUAAAGUUUCAUCCUGAAUGGUAUUUAUGGAACCAAGUUUUCCAAGUUUACUUGAAAACACAAUCUGUUUCUGAACGAUAUUCGGCACUAAACGCAUUAGCGUGUUCACAAACUGACUUUUUAUUAAGGAAUUAUGUAGAACAAAUUUUGAAAGGACCGAACGGUCCGAUAAGGCCUCAAGAUUACAGAGCUGUAUUUAAUUCACUGUCUUCCACGCCAUUGGGCAUUCAAACUCUACUAUAUUUUCUUCGGGAUAACUGGGAUCGUAUAUGUAAAGAAUUACCUGAUGGCGAAAGCGUGGCUGAGACUAUUUAUUCAAUAUUAGCAUCAAAAGUGUCUCUGGAUGACGAAAUAAUACUAAUGAACGAAAUAAGAUCAAAAUCUUGCAACUCGUGUACAAUGCAAAAAAGUUUUGACUCUGUGUACAAGCAAGUGGAAAUAAAUCAGAAAUGGUUUGAUAGCUACUCCAAUGACAUCCACGAAUUCGUAAGACUGGGUUCAUCAAAAGACCUUCCGAUUAGUCCCCGUACAAGUGCAGCUAGUCCAAUAAAUUCUGUAGGAUCUCUUAGCACGAUCACUUGCCUUACCAUCAUUCACACAGUAGUAUUAAUAAUAUAUUUUAAUUAAUUGUAUGUAUAUUAUGUAAUGUAUUUUAACUGUUUUACAAGCGCCAUUCGCGUAUUAUACCACCGGAACUUGUACGAUUGAUCUAUUUAUUAUUACUUAAACAUCUAUUUUAUACCAUCUGUAAUAUUACAAUUUUGUUUAGUAUAAUAAGGUUCUCCUAGCAGUAGUUUUUACUAAGUUAGCGUAAAUAAAUAAUAAAGUUGUAUGUAAUUGAA